AUGGGUCCCCUCAAAUGGUUCCUCUUCGUCUACGUGCUCGGUGGUCUCACCUUCGUGCCGCUCCUGAUCGCCCUCGUCCUCCUCUAUGCCUACUACACGCUCCCUCCGCCGGAAGUGAAAGCAGACAAGCCGAAGCCCACCGAUGAUCCUGCGCAGCUGCUCCGUCCCGAAGAUGACAAGAUUGCUUUCAAGACUGGUACCGACGAUCUGGCCGAGAAGUUCCAUCGAAAACACGACUCCGAUGUCGCCGCUGGAUACUUCGCCGUGUGCAGAGAAUAUGUGCCUGGCGGUGUUCCUGGGAAGCCGCCGGACAGGCUGACCCCUGCGGGCGACACCACGGUCCAGGAGUCUCCGAGCGUCUACCAGAGCAUGUACCGCAGCAUAUUCGAUCGGUCGCAGAAACCAACAAUCGAGCCCAAUAAAGAUGGGCAGGGGAAAAAUGUGAGGAAAACAAACAAUGUCUUCUAUGUGGUCUUGAGACACGGACAUCUCAUGCUUUACGACGAUAUACAGCAAUUGGAAGUCCGCUAUGUCAUCUCUUUGGACUACCAUGACGUCGAUGUGUAUGCCGGCGGAGAAGAAAUACCAGAGGGAGAACUGUGGAUCAAGCGAAAUGCCAUCCGAUUGAGGCGGAAAAAGACUCAAGUAGGAGACAAAGCCACUUCGUUACCGUUCUUCCUCUUCGGGCAGAGCCAGUCGGACAAAGAGGACUUCUACGAUGCUAUCCUGAAGAACCAAGAGAAAAGCAGCACCGAAGACCCACCAGGGCCUCAAUUGUUUGACGUCGAGCAUAUUGUGUUGCUGGUCCAGAAAUUACACUCGUCAGAAGAGCACUUGCAGACAAGAUGGCUCAACGCCAUGAUUGGCCGCGUCUUUCUGGCCAUGUACAAGACCCCAGAGCUGGAAGGUUUUAUCCGAGAAAAGCUGACCAAGAAGAUUUCGAGGGUGAGAAAGCCCACUUUCAUCACCAAGCUCGGCUUGCGGAAGAUUGACUUGGGUACUGGGGCGCCCUUCUUCACCAACCCGAGAUUGAAGGACUUGACGGUGAAUGGUGACUGCACGGUCGAAGCUGAUGUCGAUUAUUCUGGAGGGCUCAGGAUUGAGAUUGCGGCCACCGCGCGCAUUGAUCUAGGAACACGCUUUAAGGCUCGAGAAGUCGACAUGGUGUUGGCAGUCACAUGCAAAGCGCUCCAGGGCCAUGUGCUGGUGAGGUGCAAACCGCCUCCCAGCAACCGAUUCUGGUUCACUUUCGAGAAGAUGCCCCAUCUAGACCUCGACAUCGAGCCUAUUGUCAGUACUCGGCAAAUCACAUACACCUUCAUUCUCAGGGCGAUUGAAAGCAGGAUCCGAGAGGUGUUUGCCGAGAGCAUCGUACAUCCCUUCUGGGAUGAUGUCCCAUUCUUCGACACGAGACAUCAGAAAUAUCGCGGUGGCAUCUGGAAGACGGAACCCACCUCGACCACGACCACAGAAAUCCCCGAUGAGGAACCUGAGGACGUCAUUGAAGCAGGCAGUUCCGGAACUCAGACCCCAGUGGAGAUAUCGAAGGAGGACAGAACCAUGAGUAUGCCAAUAUUGGCGGAGCCUAAUGGUGUGGGCAGGAUUAAUUCUGCAAAGAAAUCCAUGGCUUCCUUGAAUGACCUUUUUGGCAAGAGAAAGCCGGAAACAGUGGACAGGCCCGACUCAUCGACGCCAAGAUUGAUGCGAUCACCCUCGUUUGCCAGCGCUGCGGACCCUACCAUCACUACAAACCAUGCUGAUGCCAACACACCAACUCGAGGAGCAGAUCCGACCACAAAUAGAGAGAGUGUUGCCACAAUUCUAAAAGAUCUGUCGUCCAGGUCAGUCUCUGGAAAUGGGUCGGAACUGGGCUCGCCGGCAGCGUCUCCUUCUGUAGAGUCGGCCAUGGCUGCAGCCAUGAAAGGCCGAUCAUCGAGUAACGCGUCAGGCAUAUCGGAAGAAGACGACCAACAAGGUCGCAGAUCUUCUUCUCUGCCGCGGACUUUGACAAAUGCAAGCCGUGCUUCAACUCAGACUACCGACUCUGGUGAGCCAAAGGAUAGUCGGCCAACCUCGGCGCAGGACGGAAACAAACCUCUCAAAAGCUUCUCGCUCGGUGCGAGGUCGUUGACGGGUGCCGACAGGAAGCAGGCAUUGGCAUCAGUCAAUGCUGCCGCCGCGGCUGCGCAGAAAUGGGGCUGGGGCGUGCUUGCAAGAAAUCGACAGCGUGAAGCCCAAGCGGCGGCAAACAAGGGAAAUUUGGAUGAGGCAUCAGGGAGUCCUCCCACUCCUCGAGAGCCGAUGGGGCGUGGAAGACCACUUCCGCCUCCUGGCGUUCCGCUGCCUCCCCCGGAGAGACUCCGACCGAAUUCUUUCCUGGUACCAAAGCGGAAAGCGGUGCCACCUCCGAUGCUGCCAAAGCGCCCCGAGAGGAACGGAUCGCACGAGUCAAUAUCGGCAAAAUUAUCACCGAAGCCACCACUUCCGGAACGACGCAAGAGAACGAGCUCGGCGCAGCCUGAGGAUGGUGCAGAGGAUGAAGUGUUUGUGGUCGAAGCCCCAACGGAAUCGGCUCCCACGAGCCCAGCUAAUGAUGAACAUCAUGACGACUUUUUUGGUCAUGGUGAGCCCACAUCGGCAACGACAGAGCCACUCGAACCUUCACCACCCCCGAGCAACGGUAGCGAGAUUGACGAGCCAGCUGCAGUAUCAGCCAAAGAGCAUCUCAAUCCGCCGUCAUCAGAUCAAGAAAGUGAGAGCGAAGCACCAGACGUAGUGGAGGAGCGGAUACGGCCGCCGUUACCUGCUCGUGGCAGUGCGACUCCCGAACAUCUUCUGCAAGAUGAAAACGAGGUGCAUAGGCAAGAGAUGGGCAUGUAUACAUAA